AUGGCCACAGCCCCAGGCCCUGCUGGCAUUGCCAUGGGCAGCGUGGGCAGCCUGCUGGAGCGGCAGGACUUCUCUCCUGAAGAGAUCCGGGCAGCACUUGCUGGGUCCCGGGGCUCCCGCCAACCUGAUGGGCUCCUGCGGAAGGGCUUGGGGCAGCGUGAGCUCCUCAGCUACCUGCACCUUCCCAAGAAGGACAGUAAGACUGCCAAGCGGGCCCCUCGGAAUGAACCCACUGACUACGCCACCCUCUACUACCGUGAGCAUCCUUGGGCUGGAGACUUCAGCAAGACCUCAUUGCCGGAGCGAGGCCGUUUCGACAAGUGUCGCAUUCGCCCGUCCGUGUUCAAGCCCACGACAGGCACGGGGAAAGGCUUCCUAUCCAUGCAGAGCCUGGCUACCCACAAGGGCCAGAAGCUGUGGCGUAGCAACGGCAGCCUGCACACAUUGGCCUGUCAUCCGCCUCUGAGCCCAGGGCCCCGGGCCAGCCAGGCACAGGCCCGGGCCCAGCUGCUUCAUGCCCUCAGCCUGGAUGAGGGGGGCCCUGAACCUGAGCCCAGCCUCUCGGACUCCUCCAGUGGAGGCAGCUUUAGUCGUAGCCCUGGCACUGGCCCCAGCCCCUUCAGCUCUUCUGUGGGCCACAUCAACCACCUUGGGGGCUCCUUGGACCGGGCUUCAAGGAGCCCUAAGGAGGCAGGGCCGCUGGCUGUGCUGAACUGCCUGCCUGAGCCACCUCCCCCCUACGAAUUCUCCUGUCCCACUGCUGAAGAGGUCGUGGCUGCGGUGCUGCCUGAGAGCUGUGAGGAACUCAAGAGGGGCCUUGGCGAUGAGGAUGGCUCCAAUCCCUUCACGCAGGUGCUGGAAGAGCGACAUCGGCUGUGGCUGUCAGAGCUGAAGCGUCUCUAUGUGGAGCGGCUGCAUGAGGUUGCCCAGAAGGCGGAGCGGAGCGAGCGCAACCUCCAGCUUCAGCUUUUUAUGGCCCAGCAAGAACAGCGUCGCCUGCGAAAGGAGCUUCGGGCCCAGCAGGGCUUGGGCCCUGAGCCUCGGCCCCCAGGUGCUCUCCCAGAUGGUGACCCCAGCACUCGACCAGAGGAGGAAGCCCGAUGGGAGGUGUGCCAAAAGACAGCAGAGAUCAGCCUUCUGAAGCAGCAGCUGCGGGAGGCCCAGGCAGAGCUGGCCCAGAAGCUGGCCGAGAUAUUCAGUCUGAAGACGCAGCUUCGGGGCAGCCGAGUGCAGGCACAGGCCCAGGACGCGGAGUUGGCCCGGCUGCGUGAGGCUGUCCGCAGCCUGCAGGAGCAGGCCCCUCGGGAGGAAGCCCCAGGCAGCUGUGAGACUGAUGACUGCAAGAGCCGAGGGCUGCUGGGGGAGGCCGGAGGCACCGAGGCCAGGGAUGGUGCCGAGCAGCUGUGGGCUGAGCUGCUGCAGGAGCGGCUGCGGGGCCAGGAGCAGGCCCUGCGCUUCGAGCAGGAGCGACGGACAUGGCAGGAGGAGAAGGAGCGGGUGCUGCGAUACCAACGGGAGAUCCAGGGGGGUUACAUGGACAUGUACCGCCGCAAUCAGGCCCUAGAGCAGGAGCUGCGGGCACUGCGAGAGGCCCCCACACCCUGGAGCCCUCGACUCGAGUCCUCCAAGAUCUGA